AUGUCAUCUCCACCACCGCCGUCGCGUCCGGCACGUCGCCAAUUCAUGACGACCAUGACGGCCAGCAAAGCCGCCAAACUGCAAAGCAACAAGGCGAAGCCAGUCACCCCGGCUGCCCCAGCAGAAUCGCGUCCUACUUCCAUGUUCCCUGCCGAGCUCAGAAAGCCUCUGGACGCUAUCGCCGAUCCCAUCUAUCUCACAGCCCAUGCUGUGGCUGCCCUCUGGUUCCCCAUACAAGAUUGUGAUGAAGUCUACAACUACUACGAGCCUACACACUACUUGACCGAUGGCUACGGCAAGCAGACAUGGGAAUACUCACCCGACUAUGCCAUUCGUAGUUGGGGCUACGUGACCGUCCAUGCCUUCAUCAUUGGCCUGCGUCGCGUCAUUCCCAUCUGGAACCUGCCCAAGGUGUGGAAGUUUUACUUCCUGCGCAUCGUGUUGGGUGUCAUUUGUGCCGCAGCGGAGUCCAGGCUCUACUCCAAGAUCUCGAGAACUCUCAACCCCAGACUCGGCAUGCUGUUCUUCCUCAUCAUGCUUACGAGCCCUGGCAUGUUCCACGCUUCCGUGUCCUACCUGCCCUCCUCUUUCUCCAUGUACACAACUGCCCUAGGCAUGGCUGCUUUCAUGGACUGGCGCGGCGGUAUGCGUACAGCUACAGGAAUGAUGUGCAUGAUUGGUGGUGCCUUCCUCGGUUGGCCCUUUGCCGCUGCUCUCAUCGCUCCGUUCAUGGUCGAGGAGUUCACGCUUGCUUAUUUUACCGACAAGGAAGAGUUUAUCAGCUUCUGCUACCGCAUCUUGGAUGGCUCUGUUCGCUCUACCAUUGUACUCGUCCUGCAAUUCAUCAUUGACGGCUUUUUCUAUCGAAAGGUAGCCCUUGUGCCCUACAACAUCGUCUGGUACAAUGUCAUUGCUGCCCGCCACGGCAAGGGUCCUGACAUCUAUGGUACCGAGCCAUGGCACUUCUAUGCCCGCAAUCUCUUGCUCAACUUCAAUGUCUGGUUCAUCAUUGCCUUGGCUGCCAUGCCGCUCUACUUCAUCCACACUUUUGUUCUACGUCGACCUAUUUUCAAGCAGUCUUAUCUGCGCGGCAUCAUAUUCCUUACUCCUUUUUACCUCUGGUUGGCCGUCUUCACACUCCAACCUCACAAGGAAGAACGCUUUAUGUAUCCCAUCUACCCUGCUCUCGGCUUCAACGCUGCCCUGGGCUCGCAUAUCCUACUCAGCUGGCUCGGUUCUUCCAACCCUCGCUCACUUAUUGCUAUGAUCCCAGCCAAGUUGAGAUUGUUGUUUGCCGCCCUUUGCUUUAUUGCCGCCGUGAACUUUGGUGCAUGGAGAACCUUUGGCAUGAUGACUGCCUACAACGCUCCCCUGAGUGUAUACAAGCCUCUGCGUCUUCCUGGUGUCUCAAGACCAGGUGAUAAUGUCUGCCUUGGCAAAGAAUGGUACCGCUUCCCUUCCUCAUACCAUCUUCCUGAUGGUGUGAGCGCCAAGUUUGUAAAGAGCGAAUUCAGUGGUCUUCUACCAGGUGACUUCAGUCAAGCAGGCAAAGGCUUCGGCUUGUAUCCUGGUGCAUGGCUUACACCAAGUGGCAUGAACAAUGAGAACAGGGAAGAUCCCAGUAAAUACACUCAAAUCUCGCACUGCUCGUUCAUGGUGGAUUCGUCCUUCCCUGGUACUGAGCCUUCUCCCUUGGAGCCCGACUACAUCAACCAGACAGAGACAUGGGAGAAGCUAUCGUGUGAGCCGUUCCUGGAUGCUUCGCGUACUGGCACCAUCGGUCGCAUCGGAUGGGUUCCUGGUUGGAAGUUCAUUCCAGCCAAGUACCGUCGCCAAUGGGGCGAGUACUGUCUUUUGCUAUGGGUUCCAUCAGACUUCAAGAGACCAACUGCUGCACCAUAUCCAGACUGGUCAUUCGAGACCACCAAGCCCUUACCAUACCGUCCUUUCCGUUAUGGACCCAAGUACAACAUCACCAUGGGUUUGCGAAUUAUGGAUUGGGACGAAUGGAUCGAACUGGAUAACCACUACCCCCGUUUCCAUGCCGAUAAAAAGCGCCGAAUCGAAGAGCGUGGAAGUAAGUGCUUUCAUACUGAUCCCAGUCCCCAGGUGUUUGAUGGCGCCGUAGAGCUCCUGGAAGAGCUAUGUGGCUAUCUCCCAGAGCGAUAUCCAAGCAUGUUCCGCAAGACAGAACAUGGUAUGAUCAAUCUUUUCGCGGAUGAGACUUUCGACAUCAGAAAGGAGGUAUUGACGAUGAAUGGCAACCGCGAGGAUCCCAUGCAAAUGGCUGCACGAAUGGUACAAGAUGAUUUGGCUAUCAUGUUUGAAAAAGAGGAUGGUCAGAUGUACCUGCUUGCUGGUGCUGUCCUGCUGGCAGGCUUCUGGCGUCUCGAAGAUAAGCUUGGCAUGUCUCUUGACGAGAUCCAUUACAGCGGUGAUGUUCCCGGGUAUCAUGACAAACUCCGCAAGGGAAUGAACAACUUCUUCCGCCGCAUAAAGCCUGAAGCACCCGUGAAGCGUAACAACUACUUCCUUCAAGUCGACGAAGAUCUCGCAUGGUCCUACAGUAUCGGACCUGAAGACGCCGGAGAACCUUCCUGGGAUACUGCUGCCACCAAUCGCGCCAUCGAACAUCACUACUUCCGCUCUGAAUGUCAAUCUCUACGACGACUGCCCCGAUCUGGAGGUGUGUUGUUUACUAUCCGUACGUACUUCCAUCCUAUUACGGAGAUCGCCGAGGAAGACUAUGUGCCUGGGAGGUUGGCAAGUGCGAUCAGGAGCUGGGGUGAUGAUGUUAGCAAGUACAAGGGCAAGGCAAAGUAUGGAGAUGUUUUGCUGGACUACUUGGACAAGAAGCACGAGGAGCAGGUUGCCAAUGGACUGGAUCUGAGUAGAGAGGAUGAGUGUAGAGCUUAUCCAUACUAGGUACAAGCCAUAGACUUUUGAAUGAUUUAUGAACCACAUCAAGAUGCUUCAUGCUCAC